GACUCGCAGUGUAAUCAGCGUUGCGGGGGAACAGUUUGUGUUAAUAAAUUAAAAUUCUGAAAAUGAGGAUUAGAUUUUUACCAAAUAACUUUUAUUUUUAUGUAGGAUGUUUCUGUAACCGCAUGCGCGCAGCCGGCAUCUGCGCUUCCGGAGCGGCGCCGGAAGUACACGGGAGCCUGGCAACCGGAGCGGGUAGGGGAGGCGCCUGGGGGCAGCGGAACCGGGCGGCGGUUUCCAGGGACAGAAGGGGCCGGGAGUCACCUCAGCCACGGGAAGGGGCAAUCGAGACAAUGUCUGCAAUCAGUGGAGAUGCUGAGGUGCAAAAUGCAGCAGUGACUUUGCCUGAAGUGGAGGGCGGGCCUCGUGAAAAUAAAGAUGUGACAAAGAAGCAGCACGGAUGUUUGCCGGGGCCUUAUGUCACAGUUGGAGCAACUGUUCCUACUGGCUUUGAGAAAACUGCUGCCGAUGAAGUGCAAGAAAAAAUUGGAUCCGAGUCCAGAAUUAGCAAGGAUCGAGGAAGAAUCUAUUUUGAGAUUUCCACGGAUAAUCUUUUCCAGGUUCAUCUUUUGAGAUCUGUUGAUAAUUUAUUUGUUGUUGUCCAGGAGUUUCCCCAUUAUCAGUUUAACGAUACCAAGGAUAGUAUACUAGAGGACUUCAGGCAGUUAGCUGGCCAACUUCCCUGGGCAAAUCCCCUUGAAGUAUGGGAGCUGAACAACAGUCUCAAGAAGAGGAAGUUACAGCGCAGGAAAAUCAAUCAAGAAAGUAGUCCGGCUUCAAAAACACCAGACGAAAGUAACAAAGACGAUGUGCCAUUGGCCUGUGCUCGUUUGGCUUCUGGAGAUCAACUGCAUAAUGGAACUACAUCGUAUGUUGCUGAGUCUGAACCAACUAGCGAUCGGCCCUCUGAAACUAAAGAGUCCACCUUGAUCUUCAAUGAUAUGGUCACUGAUCAGAUUUCACUGGAUGGACAUGUCACUGGCAAAAAUGAAAACGAAAAUGAAGGGGAGACCUGUGGACCGCUCAAAUUUCGAGUUACCUGCAACAGAGCUGGGGAGAAGCAUAUCGUUACCUCAAUGGAGGUAGCCAGAGAAUUUGGAGGCGCUGUUCAAGAUCUGUUCAAAUGGAAGGCAGAUAUGACCAGAUUUGAUGUAGAGAUCCUACUUAAUAUUCAUGAUAAUGAAGUAGUAAUUGGAAUAGCUCUUACAGAGGAAAGUCUACACAGACGAAACAUAGUGCACUUUGGGCCUACAACUCUUCGAUCUACUUUGGCCUAUGGGAUGUUAAGGCUUUGCAGUCCUCAGUUAACCGAUAUCAUCAUUGAUCCAAUGUGUGGAACUGGAGCUAUACCAAUCGAGGGAGCUUUGGAAUUCACACACUCUUACUUUCUUGGUGGAGACAACAAUUUACUGGCAGUGAACAGGUCCAUUAAUAACAUCAACUCCUUGCAGAAGAAGAGACUCAAUAAGGGAAGGCCAAACUGGGGCUUGCCUUUGGAUGUUGUACAGUGGGAUAUCUGUAAUCUUCCACUCAAGACUAGCUCUGUGGAUAUAGUUAUAACAGACAUGCCUUUUGGAAAGAGAAUAGGUUCAAGGAGGAAAAACUGGGACCUGUAUCCAGCCUGUCUGAAGGAAAUGGGGCGUGUGUGCAGACCUGAGACUGGGAGAGCUGCUCUCCUAACACAAGACAAGAAAUGCUUUGCGAAGGCCAUAUCAAAAAUGGGCCACCUCUGGAAGAAGACUCAAACCAUCUGGGUAAAUGUUGGUGGGCUGCACGCUGCUGUCUAUCUGCUGAAACGCACCAAGUCUUUCCUUCAAUGAGUUAUUUAAGACAGCAAAAGAAUCUCAGAACAAGGAUAUUUCCUGUAAAAGUGGGGUGGAAGAAUAAAAAGGGAAGCAAAUUGCCCUCCCAGAGGAUAAACCUAAACCUUGUUGUUAACAUAGACAGUUCUCCUGGUUGUACAAAAUGAUAGCAAAACAGUUCAGCAGAACUUAAUUUGUGCUCGUUUAUCAGUUGACUUUUGUACGACUUUCAUACUCUACACAGCACCAUUGGAUUCUGAAGCAGAAUGGUGGUGAACAUUAAAGGAAUUGGGACAUUGAAGUAGGGGGAGAGAGCAAUUUGAACAGAUGGAAACCAUUGUAACAUUGGAUAGAAACCCCAAACCUCCUCCUUUUCAGUUACAUUUAUGCCCUGGAACAAAUCCAAUAUUGUGUGUGAUCUGGUUAGCAUGGUAAAUUGUUAGUUUUGCAUUAAUGUACAGAACUUUGAAAAAUUGGGACAAAAUAUGAUUCUGAACAAAAUUUCCCUUAAAUGAGCCUGAAGCCAACAGACCACAGACAUUCAGAACUUAAGUUUAAAAUAUACUGCUUCUGGUUGAGUUCAGGAUAUCUUGUUUUCAUCAUAAAUUAAUAGUAUUAAAUGGUCUAUUAUGAUAUCAACUCACCUGCA